UUUAGAUGUUCCUGAUAAGUUGAUUUGAAUAGCAAGAUGUCACCAGCUGCAUGCAUCUAUGUGAAAAAUGAAGAUCUAAGAGCCAAAAAAUGUAUGUCCUUUAAUAGUUUAAGUCUUUAACAUUGUCGCUUUAGCUCCAGUGUUUGAGUUCUUUGAACUUGCAAGUGAUUGAAGAAGUUACGGUGUGUCAAAGAAAACUGUAAUCCAGUAACAUUUCCCAUGUUAAAGGGUUAAUGUAUCAGCAUGUGCACAAGCUCGACUUCUUCUCUCAUUUAGAUGCAAAAAAUACAAGAAAAGCAAAAUGAUUUUGCUGAAGGUGGAAACUGUGAAGGGAAGAAGCAACCGAAGAUUUGAUGGCCACAGGUCAGAGGUCAUAGUGGAAGCUCCUGUGGAGAUGAACAAUGGAAAAAGCAAAAACUGGCUCUAGGCAUAAACAAAGAACAAAGAUCUAAAGAAGAAGCCACAACAUCCAUCCCACGUCUCUAUAUAGAACCUUGAACAAUUGCAUGGAAAUGACAGACGGAUCACGGAUUCCUGUGAGUUGGUUGACUCACUUUAUGAACUCAAAUUAGAGGAAGAAUUCCCUUUCUUUCACUUCAUUGUAUUUUUUUUUUGCCUAUGAUAUGGUUCUUAUGGCAACUUUUUUCUACAAAAAAAAAUUCUAUAUAUAAAUAACCGUAACAAUGCUCUGAACAGCCUCCUCCGCCUCUGACUGCUGCACCACACAGCUCACAUCAACUUAGGAUUUAUGUUUCACUGAUCACAACUCAGUGAAAACCACAAAGUCUUAUCCUUUAGAAAAAUAAGACACUGGUUUGUAUUUUUGUUGUUUUUACUGUUAUGAUAAAUUAACAAUUUAGGGAGGUAUAAAAUAACACAAACAAAACAAGAAACAGUUUAUAAUCAUUGACAGUUUCACAGGAAUCUUUCAAAAUAAAAGACCCUGUGACACAUGUCAAUGCAGCAAAUGCAGUAUGAUGAAAUGUUGGCAAUUAUUUGAAAAAAAAAAGACAAAAAAAAGACUUUUUUACCGUUUGUGUUGUAUCUCUGAUAGAAAUUUGUGAAUCUAACAAACUAGAAUUAAAGAAGUCAGGAGCCUUGGAGAGUGAUACUUACUGUCUUGUAACUGUUUAAGUUAGCUUAUAACCAUCCUUUUUUUAAAUUGAAUACUUAUUUACUUUUUACUUGACAGUAAUUUUUAAAAAAAUUUUUUUUCAGUUUUCCUUAACCAGAGAGCCAUGAUGGAGGGGUAAAAGACUCCACAUCCUCAGGUUGCAGACCCCCGACUUAAAGAACCGUCAUGUAAUGAAGUCUUUCCGUCUUCAAGACAUCAUAGAAAAACAACAACUACCCCUUUCUGCUUUCAAUAAAGCCCACACAAAUGCAAAUAUGGAGGUUCUGUUUGUCAGAGGACAGAAAUGUUGAUGGUUGAGAGCAAAGGAAUUAAAUGUCUUCAUAAUAUCUGAAGUUUUUUUUUUUUAAUAAUAGACGGAACAGCCUAAGUUCUUGUCCUGGUGUUUCUGCUGCUGUUCAUUGAUCAAUUCAAGGUGGGACAGACGUUUUCUCCUCCGGUCAUGCUUUUCACGUUACUCUAGGACUGGAAGGUGUUGAAGCUGCAGCACCACGCCCCUCCCUGGCGUCCCCACUGUUUGGUCUGGGUUUGUGCUAACACGUCUAGCUGCUGUUAAAGGUACAGUCCUCUCUUAUCAGAUUGGCUUUGAACAGCAAAAUGAGGCGGUCGCUUUAACAAAUGUUGACUUGCAGUUUCUGUUUCCUGAUUUCCGUCUCAUUCCUUGACACUCUAACUCUGUUGGUACUUUUGGCACAUGACUGUUGGGGUUUUAUCAGAUAAUGGAGGUACAGGUUUCUUCAGAAAUAUCCUCUGCUGAGUCCUCCUUCCCGUCUGCACCUCCGUCACUGAGAGAUGGUGAACACUACCACGUCUUUAUCAGCUACAGCAGCACUGACUACCAGUGGACCCACGCCCUGAUCCAUCAGCUGGAGUCCUGCGGCCUGCAGGCGUGCUACCAUGAGCGGGACUUUACUCCAGGUCGCACCGUGUUGGAGAACAUGUCAGAGUGCAUCAACGAGAGCCAGAAGGUUCUGCUGGUUCUCAGCGCAGAGUUCCUGAGGAGCCGCUGGUGUCUGCUGGAGGCAAACAUGUCCCUGUUUCGGGACUGCCUGGAGAGAAAACCCAUCAUCCCAGUUAUGCUGGAGCCAGACGUUUCAGUUCCUCUCCACCUUUGCCACCUCACAUACCUGGAGGCCAGUGACCCCGCCUUCCUGAAGAAGCUGCUCAGAGUGCUCUGCACCCCUAACCAGCAGCUUCAGGGGUCCACCGUGGUGCCUUUCCAGCCGCCUUCGAUCUACAACGGGAAGGCCUUGCAGCCUCUGACAGCUGUCAAUGAAGAGGGACUGAAUAAAUGGGACUGUGGUCAGUUCAGUGAUAUGGAAGUGCCAGACCAACUGCGCCUAGUUAUUGAGGACAUUAACAAGUACAGAGAGGCAAUGAGGAUUAUUAAUAACGUCAGCAGCAAAGUAUGGUUUCGUCCCAUUUGGGCUAGAGUACUGAUCUACCUGAUUGCCAUUUUUUUUUCUUUGGUUUUUCUGAGUUUUUUGUGUUUUGUAGGUUUUUGUCUUUAUUACUAUUUUAUUUACAUUAGUGUCAGAGGAUGGACCAUUCUUGUUAUCACCCUAUGUUUGGCUUGGCUGGGAUUGCUAAUUCAGUUAGCUCUAUGGAAGAACGAUGAUAUGAAAUACAUUCUGAGGGAGUUACAGAAAGCUGCAGGUCAGGCAAACGUAAUCCUCUCGGAGGAGAAAGUAUUGAUGGGCUGUAGAUCCAAUUCCAAAAUUCACCUGGUCUAUGUUUCUCUAGAAGGUUGCAAACAGACGUUUGCAGAGACCUUUGGUGAGGAUGGUGGUGCAGAGGAAAUGUUUCAAAGAGCAGUGCUUUUCUUUUCUUGUGGCUAUGCCUGCUGCCUUGCCAAAAGGCACUUUCCUUUCCCUCAGUCUGUUUCUGUGAGUCACAUAGAAGGAAAAGUGUGUUUCUGUCAGUACGUCUCGCAGCAGCUGAGCAGGGGGGAAUGGAACUAGGAAAAAAACCUGGCCUAAACCAAUGGGUGACCAUGACGGUUGUAUUUCUGAGUCUGACUAGCACAUGAGCUCUUUUACCUAAUUUAUGAACUGCCGUACCUAUGAGAAAUAUUGAUAUUUUUAUCUUUCACCGUUCUUCUAACUUUGAUAAAUGUCUGUUCUGUACAUUGUGCUUUUAACUGCAAUUUUUAUAGACCAUUUUACUUGACAUUUUUUGGUUUCAUUAUUUAAUUUUUAAUAUGAAGUCACUGUGUUUCCAGAGGCGCAAACUCUACUACAGCUCUUUCAAUACUUGUCUUAUGUUCUUAUUGUGUAUGUUGCUGUUGUUUACACUGAAAUGUUUGGAGUUGUGUGUGUAUGUGUGAAUGUACACGCAGCCCUGUGAAACUGGCACUGUGAAAUCCAAGACAAAUUUCCUUCGGGACAAUAAAGUAUAUUUGAUUUGAUUUGAAGUGGGCUUCAGUGACAAUUGAGUGACCAUUCACAUAGAGCUGUUACUGUGAUCCCGCCCACCUGUAUGAAUACUGCUGCUUCUUUAAAAUAAAACUUUAUUGUUUGACACAACGUACAUCACUUUUAGUGUCAGGCAAUUUAAAUAAUGAGCACCGUAGGAAAAGAAAAAAAACUAAGUUUGCUGUGAAAUGAAAAUAUUGUAAAAAUGAUUCUGUCGUUUAAGUCUAUUGCAGGAGAGAUAGAACGUGAGUGAUAGGGGUGCGCGUAUUGAUCUGAGUAUUGAUAGUAUUGAUACCACGGUGAAGUAUUGAUUCUAGCAUGAUGACAGUGAUACUUUCAAUGCUUCUGUUUUAGUUUUUGUCCCUCCCCUCCCUGCUUCAUUGGAAAGCUGAGAAUCCUCAUAGAACCACAUAUUUGCAUGCAUUUUUUUGAUGUGUUGUUUACAUUUAUUACAGUAUUCCUUUUGUUUACUUUUUUUACUAGAGACUUCUGGUCUUUGUACCUUUUACGAAUUUUCCAUGAUUUUUUUUUCAAGAAAUUCUUAAAUUUUUUU